GCAAACAGAGAUCGCUGUAGUGUGGGAGGAUCCCCUUCUCCACGAUGUUUACUUGCCAAUCAAAAUCUAGACUGUGCAGGCCACAGAGCACGUUGCAGAGUACCCAACGGUUACGGAAGGAACUCGUCGACAACUGCAGUUUUGAUCGUUCGAUUUCUCGAAUUAUAUGUGAGGAAAAAGAUUCGUCCAACAAUGGAUGGAAUGUCUUCUAAUUCACCGAUACAGAGUCAAGACACGAGGAAAAGCCCCCAACCGUCGACAUCUUUUACAAAUCCAUACACAAAGAAUGUGGAAUCGGCGAAGCAAGACGACAAAACAUAUUCCUUCCUUCCUGAAAACAGGUCAGCUGGGAAGAAAAGGCGGCGGAUUAGAAAGGCAGUCAGUCAAGAAACAAUAUACGAAGUAAUGUCUUCCAGUUUACUAUCAGAGGGCCAAGACUUCGAAGCAACCACUGGUCGAUCAGCGCUAGUAAUAAAAAUUGCUAAAAAGAAAGUUGAAUCAGCAAGCCACCAUGGCCAGUUAGUAGCUCCCGUUCUUCAUAAAAAAAGUCAACCAAAUGAGAAGGCUGAUGAGCAUGUGAGUUCUUCUGGGAAGGCAAAAUCACCACGAUCAGAAAAGGCAGUAGCGGAACAAAUGACAAAUGAAACAAUGUCUCCCGAUUCACUGAUGUGGAGCCAACCAUUAGAAAAAAGCUCAGAUCAGUUGGCACAUUUAAUACAUACAUCUGCAUCAGCAAAUAUUACUGAUUUAACAUUUCAUUUUAUGCAACAAAAUGAAAAUCAACCAAGUGAGAAGGCUGAUGAGCAUGUGAGUUCUGGGAAGGCAAAAUCACCACCAUCAGAAAAGGCAGUAGCGGUACAAAUGACAAAUGAAACAAUGUCUCCCGAUUCACCAGUGAGGAGCCAACCAUUAGAAAAAAGCUCAGAUCAAUUGGCACCUAUAAAUUCAUGUACAGAGAAAAUGGAAUUUCGAUUUAUGCAGCGAAGUGAAAGUCAAGCAGGCAAAAAGAAACCAAGAAGAGAUGAUGUGUCCAAGCCGACUUCAAAGUAUGCGAGGACAUGUGGGAAAACAAAAUCUCCUCGGACUGAAAAAACAGUAGUUCCGCAAACAAUGGAUGAAGUUGUGUCUUCUGAUCCACAAACACAGACCCAAAAGUUAGAAAAAAGUGUUAAUAAAUCGGUGUCAUCAAUAAAAAUAUCCACUAAGAAAAUGGAAUCCUUGAAGCACAAUGAUCAACGAGCUUCCUUCCUUCCUAAAAACAGUAAAAAGGAUGACAAGGUAGCUAUUUCUAAAUCUAGGGCAGCUUCAAGGUCAGCUAGUGGGGCAAAGUCGCAACAAGGUCAUGAAGACUUAAAAAAUAAAAAUUACAAUGAGAGACAGGUGGAAAGACAGUUGGUAGCUGUCCAACAAACAGCAGAAGUAAUGUCUCAGGAAAUGGAAAGAAACCCUCAACCAUCCACAUCUUUUACAAAUUCAUCUAAAAUGAAAAUGGCAUCUACGAAGUACAAUGACAAAAUGGCUUCUUCUCUUUCUGAUAGUAAAUUUGUACAUAACAAACUAAAAAUCCAGAAUUCCUCUAUAAAUGACGAACAACUUCAUGGUGAAUUUUAUGAGAAAAAUGACAGAACAGCUUCGCCACCCUUGGAUCAUGUAGAUAUUUCCAAUCAUUUUAAUUACUAUAUCUCUAUGUUGGAGCAGAAAGUGGAUAUGUUAAAUGUAUAUUCAAAUAGGAUUUGCCCUCACAACAAUGAUUCAAAAAAUGAUAAUGAUAAAAUAAGCCCUGAUAAUUUUUCGAAGAAUAACUGCAGAUCAAGAAAUUGUCCUAACAAGCAGGCGAUUAGCGACCUGAAGAAGGAUUUUUGGAAAUAUUUAGAUCAAAUAAAAAAAUUCAUGAAAAAGGAAAAAUUAUCUCAUAACCAACAAAAGGCUUUAAAGAAUAAAUUAUCAACCAUAGUUAGACGCAUGAAUAAGGAGUCUGAUGCGCCUAGAAAAAGGAAACGCAACACCUCUCCCAAUACUGCUUGUAAAAAAGUGAAAAUCAGUGAAAAUACAUAUCAAUUAUCUCCUCCUGCACAUGAGCCAAAUAUCACUAUCGAAAGCAUCUUGAAGGCGCUUAUAGAGUCAGUGCGCACUGAAGAUUAUAUAACUCUGGCUAAGAUAAUUGUAUGGGCGAAUAAUUCAUCUGAAAGAAAAUUAAUUGGGAAAAAGUUAUUUUAUUCUGUUAAAUAUAAUGAGGAGAGCAUACUUCACAUUUUAGAAAAUAUAAUACAAUAUAUAGAGAAGAGUACACAAAAACGAGACGAUAUUAAACUGAUAACACAAGUUUGUGUUGACUUCAUAUUAUAUUUUGCUACUUUGACAAAGUGGAAUGAAGCAUUCAAAUUAAUUGCACUGUUAAAAGAAAAGCGUAUAAACCCGAUUACUUUUAAGCCCAUUGUACACAAUACUAGUUGUAUAUAUGUAGCUUCUUUAUGUUCGCAAACUAUGUUCUUCAACGGUUACUAUAGCUCGGCUACAAACAUCAUGUUAUCUAACAACUUAAUUUUGGCUGAUAAAACCAAAUGGCUUAUUGACGGUGAAGACGAUGAUUUUUGCAUCACAUACAACACUGUGAUGUUUUUAAUGGAUAAUUUUUUUCAUCUUCGGCUGCCCGAUUUGAUAAUCAGAUUAUUUGAUAAAAUACUCAAAGCUCAAAGCACACUUUAUUCGCCAAUUGAUGUUUCUAAAUAUUUUGGACCACUGUUAUUAUUGAUGUUUGAAAAUCUUAACAAGUAUAAACACAAAGCGCUUGAAUUGUUUUUGACAGUAUAUAAACUAGAUGAGAGUUUUAUUUUACCUGGCACAACUUACCGAGUGUUAGUUAUAAUCGCAAUGAAUGCUAAAAUGUACCAAGUCGUAAGCGACCUUGUAGAUUGUGCCACAGAAGCUUACGUAUACUCAAUCAAAGAGGCUGAGUCGAACACAAUUUCAUUAAGUACAUGUUUCUUGCAUGAAGAAAUGGAAGCAUAUAUUUAUGUAUGGUGCUCUUGGUUUUUAUCCGGUAAAAAUAAUUCAACGAAAAAGAAACACAAGGCAUUAUGUGUUCAAUUAAAACAAAUGCAUAAUUGUGAUUACAAAGAUACGCAAGACCAAAUUAUUCCGGACAUACUCAAAUCAGCUAAUCCUUUGCUUAGUGCAGCGAUCUUGAGGAUAAAAUCGAUCCUUCAUAAUUUGACUAAUAUGGAAAUUACACCGAAUAUAAAAGUUCGCAGAAAUAAGAUUUUCUUAAGUUGUAAAUUGAGUGCAUGUUUGUUAUCGUCUGUAAAGCGAAUAUUAAACAUUCAUUGAUCUUGAGAUUGUAAUUAGUCUGUUAUGCAGUGUAAUUAAUAUUACAAUGUAUAUUAAUUUCAAAGGAAAUACUUUUUAAAAAUAUUUGAUGUAUAUAUUUUUGUUUUUUUAUUUUAUAUGCUAAACUUAGUUGUAAGG